GCGGCGCUGGGGCCGCUGGCGGCCGUGCUGAGCCUGCUGCCGCCCGCCGCCGCCUCCCUGCGGGCGCUGCUGCGGCCCCGCGCGGCCCCCGACGAGCUGCUGCACGGCGCGGCGCGCUGGGACGCGCUGGCGCUCCUCUACGGCGCGGCCGGGCUGGCGGCCGUGCUCUGGCAUCGCCUGCUGCCCCCCGCGCCCCGCGCCCCGGCCCCCGCCGCCGCCACCGCCUCCGCCCUCCGCCUGCUGCGCUGCCUCCUGCCCGACCUGCGCCGCUUCGCCCUCGUCACCGUCUUCCUCGUGCUCUCCUCCCUCGGGGAGAUGGCGAUCCCAUACUACACGGGGCGCAUGACAGACUGGAUCGUGAGUGAGGAUGACCCCUCGGGCUUCGGUUAUGCCAUCUGGAUCAUGUCCCUCAUCACCAUCUUCAGUGCUGUGACGGAGUUCCUGUGCGACUGUGUCUACAACACCACCAUGAACCGCAUCCACACACGGCUCCAGGGCCAGGUGUUCAGCUCCGUCCUGCGCCAGGAGAUUGCCUUCUUCCACACCAACCGCACUGGCGACAUCACGUCACGCGUGACAGCGGACACAGAGGCGGCGAGUGAGGCACUGAGCGAGAAGCUGAGCCUGCUGAUGUGGUGCGGGGCACGCGGCGCCUUCCUCUACAUCCUGAUGCUGCGACUGUCCCUGCGCCUCGCCAUCUGCACCGCUGUGGGACUGCCCCUCAUCCUCCUUGUGCCCAAGUUCUCCGGCAAGCUGCAUCAGAGCCUGGCGCAGCGGGUGCAGGAGUCACUGGCCCGGGCCAAUGAGGUGGCAGUGGAGACAUUUCAGGCCAUGCCCACAGUGCGCAGCUUUGCCAAUGAGGAAGGAGCAGCGCGGAGCUAUGCCGCCCGACUGCAAGACACCUACCACCUGAACCAGAAGGAAGCUGCUGCCUAUGCCCUCUCCACCUGGACCACCAGUCUCUCGGGGCUGGCUCUGAAGGUGGGCAUCCUGUACUACGGGGGCCGGCUGGUGACAGCCGGUGCCAUCAGCAGUGGGGACCUGGUCACCUUCGUCCUCUACGAGAUGCAGUUCACCACUGCCGUGGAGGUGCUGCUGUCUGUCUACCCCAGCGUGCAGAAGGCCGUGGGCUCCUCUGAGAAGAUCUUUGAGUACAUGGACCGAACGCCCCAGAUCACCCCUUCUGGGACCCUGGAGCCCCCCAACCUACGUGGGCAUGUCCAGGUGUGCGAUGUCUGGUUCUCUUACCCCGGACGGGAUGACACUCCUGUUCUCAAGGGUGUCUCACUGGAGCUGAGGCCUGGGGAAGUGACAGCACUGGUGGGGCCAUCAGGUGCUGGGAAGAGUGCGCUGGUGGGAUUGCUGGAACGGUUCUAUGAGCCCCAGCGUGGCCGCAUCCUGCUGGAUGGGCGGGACCUGCGGGACUAUGAGCACCAGUACCUGCACCGCCAGGUGGCACUAGUGAGUCAGAAGCCUGUGUUGUUCGCCCGCUCUCUGCAUGACAACAUCGCCUAUGGGCUGGGGCCCCAGAGCCGUCAGGAGGUAGAGGCGGCUGCCCGGCGUGCCAAUGCCCAUGCCUUCAUUGCCCGGCUAAGCCAUGGCUAUGACACAGACGUGGGCGAGAUGGGGGGCCAGGUCUCCGGGGGGCAGCGGCAGGGAGUGGCCAUUGCCCGAGCCUUGAUCCGAGACCCCUGUGUGCUCAUCCUGGAUGACGCCACCAGCUCCCUGGACACCGAGAGCCAGCUGCGGGUGGAGGCAGAGGUGUACGAGGGUGCACGGGCCGGGCGCUCGGUGCUGCUCAUCGCCCACCGGCUCAGUGCGGUGGAGAGGGCUGACCAUAUCCUGGUGCUGGAGGAUGGCAUUGUGUGGGAGCAGGGCACCCACCAGGAGCUGCUGGCGCAGUGCGGGGCAUACUGGCGCCUAUUCCAGGCCCAGGAGCAGAACGGGAACAACAGGUCCAAUGCCAGCAGCGAAGAGGAAUCUGGAGGACCCUGAGAUUGUGUGUGGCCCCCACAGGGGGUGGGGAGGGCUGAAUCUGGGCUCCCAGGCCCCAGGCUCCUUCCCUCCCUGCCCUCUGGAGUUGCUUUGUGAUACUGGCUGUAAGGCUGGACCCAGAUGUGGGAACCAUGUGGGGAGGUGGGUAGUGCCUGCUGCCCCUGGGGAAGGCAGCCUCCUGGGAGAGAAGCCUCCAAGCCCCGGGCCCAGGAGAUCCUGCAGUGGAGAGAGGCAGGGCCCCUGGUUGAAGUGAAUCCCAUUGCUUCUGGGGACUGCGUUUGUGACUUGUAAUAAACUGCUUCAGUUUUUUCA